AGCACCCAAACCACCAUCACCAGCAGCAGCAGCAGCAGCGGCAGCAGCAGGAACGGCAGCAGCAGCAGCAGCCUCCCCGACCUCCAUCACCUCCCUGCCUUCUUUUUUUUUUUUUUCCUUCCUGGGAGAAACCAGCCAGAGUCACAGUAAAGACCGACUCCAGCAGCAUCCGAGUUGGAUGUCUCACUGAUGGGUAUUCCCUCCGCUGCAGAGCCACCUCUCUGGGGACGCUUGUAGGAGUGAAGCGGCGCAGUGGACAGAGCGGCUGAUUUCCAGACAAUCUCCUCUUCGGGUUUCUCAUCAAAUAACUGUCUGGCUGUGUUUUUGUGCGUCAGACAGAUUUCGUCAGAGCCGGGAAGCUGCUAGAUGUUAAGGGCUAUGAAGAACGCUGAGUCUGAAGACAGGAUGUCUUCCAAGCGACCAGCCUCUCCAUAUGGGGGGACAGAUGGAGAGGUAACCAUGGCAACCAGCAGACAGCGAGUGGAGGAUGAGGAGAGCGAAGGACUGGGUGGUGUCAUCCAUCUCCCCCUGGCCUCCUACUGCGGCAAGGUGUCCCCUCGCUCGCCCCCCAACCGCAACUUGGACAGCCCCCCCAACAUGGAGCAGGAUGGCACUAAGGGGAGCUCACUGAGUCCUUACCCCCAGCACAAUGCUACCUCACCGGGCAAAGAGGAGGGUGGAGGCAGCGGGCGGCCCUGCAGCGACGGAGGCUCGGCCGGCGGCACCCUGGGAACCCCGGAGAGACGCAAGGGCAGCCUGGCCGACGUGGUGGACACACUGAAGCAGCGCAAGAUGGAGGAGCUGAUCAAAAACGAGCCAGAAGAGGCCCCCAGCAUUGAGAGGCUGUUGUCAAAGGACUGGAAGGAUAAACUUUUGGCCAUGGGCUCAGGGCACAUUGGAGAAAUUAAAGGUACCCCAGACAGCCUGGCGGAGAAAGAGCGCCAGCUCAUGGGCAUGAUUGGCCAGUUGAGCAGCCUGAGGGAGCAGCUCCUGGCGGCCCACGAGGAGCAGAAGAAGCUGGCCGCCUCGCAGAUGGAGAAGCAGAGGCAGCAGAUGGAGCUGGCCAAGCAGCAGCAGGACCAGAUUGCCCGGCAACAGCAGCAGCUUCUGCAGCAGCAACACAAAAUCAACCUCCUGCAGCAACAAAUCCAGCAGGUCCAGGGCCAGCUCCCGCCGCUGAUGAUUCCCGUCUUUCCUCCAGACCAGCGGACUCUGGCGGCGGCUGCAGCCCAGCAGGGCUUCCUAAUGCCCCCUGGCUUCAACUACAAGCCUGGCUGCAGUGACCCCUACCCUCUCCAGCUCAUCCCCACAACGAUGGCCGCCGCUGCAGCCGCCACACCAGGCCUGGGACCCCUCCAGCUCCAGCAGUUGUAUGCCGCCCAGCUGGCAGCCAUGCAGGUCUCUCCAGGGGCCAAGCAGCACGGAGGCAGCCUCCCCCCUCAGGCCAACCUGGGCACACACUCCCCACCCACCAACACACACCCACAGAGCGACAAGGGCCGCAGCUCCCCGCCACCCAAGACCAAGGACAGUGAGGGUGCACAGCCACUGAACCUGUCGGCCAAGCCUAAGGCAUCCGAGAGCAAGUCACCCAACUCCCCCCCAACUUCCCCACAGGUCCCUGCUGCUGCUGCCGCCACCAAGCUGGGCCCUGCCGGCUCCAUGAAGCACAGCGUCGCCCCCUCCAGCAUUGGAGGACCGCCGACCAGAGUCAGCUCGAUAGAAGACAAAGACGCUCAGCGUGAGUCUCACCUGCAUCUUCAGUCGCUGCUAAUGAAUGAAUAUCGGAAUUACACCAAAACCCCACGUGCCACAGCAGACUUGUUGUCAUCGCUGUCCUCAACAGCCUACCUGAACGACCACGAGGCGGUGACCAAGGCCUUCGCCGAGGCCCGGCAGAUGAAGGAGCAGCUGAAGCGAGAGCAGCAGGUCCUGGACGCCAAGGUGGCCGCCGUCAGCAACCUCAGCCUCAACAACGGCCGCUCAGACAAGGACAAAGCUGCCUUGGAGAGUCUGAGUCAACAGCUGAAGCAGCAGGCGGAGGACAAGUUCAGCCAUGCCAUGCUGGACUUCACCAUGAGCGGAGACUCUGACGGCUCCCCUAGCGUGUCUGACUCCAGAAUAUUCCGCGAGGCUCGGGGUCGGAGCAGCAGUGAGCCGCACAUCAAGCGACCGAUGAACGCUUUCAUGGUUUGGGCCAAGGACGAGCGGCGAAAGAUCCUCCAGGCCUUCCCCGACAUGCACAACUCCAACAUCAGCAAGAUCCUCGGCUCCCGCUGGAAAGCCAUGACCAACCUGGAAAAGCAGCCCUACUACGAGGAGCAGGCUCGCCUCAGCAAGCAGCACCUGGAAAAGUACCCCGACUACAAGUACAAGCCGCGGCCCAAACGCACCUGCCUGGUGGACGGCAAGAAGCUGCGCAUCGGCGAGUACAAGGCCAUCAUGAGGUCCCGCAGACAAGAAAUGAGGCAAUACUUCAGCGUGGGGCAGCAGGGCCAGCUGCCCCUGUCCUCUGCAGGCGUAGUUUACCCCGGCGCCUUGUCCAUGGCGGGGAUGCCGUCGCCCCAGAUGCCCUCGGAGCACUCGAGCAUGUCCAGCAGCCCUGAGCCCAACGCCAACCACCACCAGAACCCCCACAUGCCUGGCCUGAAGGGCGACGAGCCACGGAUCAAGGAGGAGGAGCUGCGGUUAGACGACAGCAACGGCGACGUGUAUGACGACUUCGACUACGAGGACGAAGAGGCCGACUACACCAGCGACAACGAGAACCACAUCACCCAAUAGGACGGCGCUGGAAUCCACGCUGCCCACUUUUGAAGCCAAUCACUGCUGGUUUAAAUCACACAAUCCCACCAAUCAGGAAGGAAACUCUUGCCAAUCACCUUGAGAACCGAUUCCCCCCCCCUUAAAAACGCCACCCGUUGUCCCUCCUGACUAACAUGGACUCUUUAACGGAGCCAAACUUACCCCCCGUCUCCCACCGGAGUCCUGAUACCAGCAUCUGAUCAAUCAACUGAAGCACAGGACCUGUCACUCACACUGACUGUUACACGAACUGGGACGGAGGUGGAGAAGCCAGUUUCUGAAGGAAUAUUCGAGUACUACUGCAGGAGUGUAACGCCACGAGUGAGGAGAACUUUUAAAAAUCCGCUCUCAGAAAGCAAACCUUUUAGCCCCGUUUGUAGAAAAAAGGAGACAUUUCAAAAAUGAAAAAACAGUGGACCUGUCAAAGGCGAACAGAUGACACUUUAAGAUGGCGGACCUGUUUAUUAUCAAGAGACACUUUUAAAAAAAACAGCUUUUUUUGUUCUUUGGUUCUAUAAUAUUCUCACUCAGGUACACGGUGCCAAUAAGUGGCUUGUGAAUGUGAUUUGUUGUUUUUGUGCUACAAGUUUGAAUAAUAAUAGAAAAAAGAGACAUUUCUUUUUCCCCCUUUUUUGUUGUAAAGCACCUGAAAGACAUCAGACGUUUAUUUUUAACAAAAAGAUUUUUUUUUCUUCAACCUCGCAGCGUGCCGUCAGCGGUUCCUCCCCCGAUUCCUCUUUUUUUUUCUCUUGUGUUUUCGUGACCAACCCCAACUUUCCCCCGUUUUGGAAUCCAAUGGGACGGUCCAGCCAGGACUGACCAAGCACAGCGUGGACUGUCCCAAAUGAAAAAAAAAAGGGGUGGGGGAGUCUCUCUCUUCUGGAGCAGAAACGAAAGCACUGUGUUGUGAGACAAUCUUUCUUCUCGCUCCGUCCCUCUGAAUUUUUCCUGAUCUCGUCCAGGGCAAAAACAACAUCGGUAGCUGGAAAGAAAAAAAAAUGAGUGUGUGUCCGUGUGCGCUCAUUCGCUUCUUUUUUUUUGUUUUUUUAGUGCAAAAAAAAAAGAAGAAAAGAAGCAAGUAAUUAUUUACCGCACACAAACACACAACUGUUGUUCUGUCCGUCAGUGUUUUUCCCUCUAAUCACGUCGUCCUGCUGUAACCCAGUGGGCGGAGCCGAGGCGAAGUCAGCCAGUCAGUGUUUCCGUUUGUAUUUGAAUACUGUAUUUUAUUAUUUUUCUCUUCAAAACUGCCUCUAGUCUAAUAAUAUUAUUAACAAUAAUUAUAAGGAUGGUCAGCGUUUCCUAAGUUUAGUAAGUUAUGUACAGUAUAAUUUAUUUUUCUCCUCUAUUGGGUUUUCAUGACCAUAUGAAACUAUGACAGUCAAUGAAACAUUAUUCUAUUUAGCUGGUAGGUAUUUAGAUCUAAACUAAAGUUUUUUUUUGUUCCCUUCCUUUGAUAUUUUGUAUUAAUCGUGCAGACGGGUGGGCUUGAGGCCAGCCCUUCUUUUUUUUUUCAUGUCCAAACCCAUUUCUAAGAAGCACUCAGACUCUGAGGAAAAGAAGAACAUCUUUUUUUGAAUUAUUAUUAUUAAUUGUUAUUAUUUUAUUUGUAAUGAUUAUCAUAAUGUAUAAUGUGAAAGUUUCCUCUCUUUUUUUUAAAUUUUUUUAAUUUUGUUUUCUGUGAACAAAGAGACCCCCGUCCCCUUGUUUUUACUACUCCGGCCGCCCAGACGCAGUGGAACAUCCUUUAGAUUCGGAUCCACAUACAUGCACAUGAGCAACAUUUGAAAAUUAAGAGAUUAUCAUGACAACCAAACAAAUCCUAUGCUGUCCUUUUUUUCCCCCCAUUUUAAAAUCCUGUACAUAUAUUGUGUGAUCGCAGUGAUUUUUUAUUUUUUUUGCUAAAUCAUAGGAAAGCAGUGUUUACCGUGAUCCGCCGAGGAUGUUCCACUGUGUGACCAGGCGAAUCUUUUACAGUAUCUUUAUCUCAUCAGGAGCCCUUUUGCUUUGUUUGAGCUCCACGUGAUGCUACAGGAGCCAUGACUACUCUUCAGGUGUGCCGUCACAUAGUGAUCCCCCCUAAACUCACAAUCAUUUAUUCUCGCUAUAGGUGUUUUUGCUACAUAUCGAGCUUCUGGGUCUUAAUUUUUUUGCUGUAUAGUCACAUAAACAUUGUUUAAACCCCUAUGCUGGAGAGAGGGGAUCCAUUUCAGGAGGGUGGGUGGGGCAUUAGGGCAUCAAUCAUCCCUGCUGGCAAGGUCUUACCCCCAUAUCAAGACAAUGAGAAGUGAUAAUGAUAUUAUUUAAGACAAUCAAAGUCAUGAGUGGAGCUCAAAACAAAGUUAUUACAAGAAAAAAAAACGAAAAAUAUCUUACCAUCUCAACUUGAAAAAUCAAGAAAGAUAAUUAUGUAAAUAUAACAUAGAGUUAUAGAUUUAUAUUUUGUUCAUAACACAGUGUAAUAUAAGUUGUAUAUUUCUUUUUUUUCUCUCCCUACUGUCUCUUUUAUUGAUGUUAUCCAUGCCACAGAAAAAGCAAAGAGUCGCAGUGCUCUCACAAAAAAAAUUUGAAGAAAAAUAUCAAAGAAAUAAAGAAAAACAGAAAAAAAAAGCCGUGGGCUGCCACCA